AUGAGCAUGGAGCCGGACCACGAUUAUUUGCCAAAAGAGGACGGUUCUGGGGAACAUGAGGACGUUGAAAGGUCACCAUCAAAACGGCAAAGAACUGAACGCCGGCGACCGCACUCCCCGUAUUCAGUCGCAUCGUCCAGCGACGAUGAAAACGGCACAGAUGAGGGCCGCUCACCGCACAAGCGACGGGCGCAAAAUGAGAUCGUGGAGCCAGUUCUCAAACGUCACAAAGGCGUCUUCAACAAUAACUACCUCGAUCUCUUGAACAAAGAUAUUCAGGACAUCGUUCAUCAAACGACAGUCGGGGGAGACGAGGCUAUGCCACCCUCGCAGAUUGGCUUAACGACUUGGACCUCCUACGAGAAGACACUAUUCUUCGAGGCUCUCUCAAGGCUUGGAAAGGACGACAUACGGGGUAUCUCGGCCAGAAUUCAUACCAAGAGCGAGAUCGAGGUCCGCCAGUACAUUGUCCUCCUGCAAGCGGCCGUCGAGGGGAGGGACAAGGAACAGGAUGGGCGCAACAAGCGAAUCCAUCUAGUAGACUACCCAGCAGCCCUCGAGAUCAGCCCGCUAUGCUGCCACGCGCUCGACGAAGCAGCCGAUGCACUCUCUUUCCGCCAGGAACGGCACGAGGAGCUCGUCGAACAGAAGAAGUGGGGUGAGUGCUGGAACAUCAACUUGGAGCACGCGAAACGCAUCGAGGGCGACCACGGCCUGGAAAAGAACCCGACGUUUGCGAGAGAUCACGGACUGGCAUUCACCGAGAUCCUUCGGGUGAAGAGUUUCCUUCGGCUUCCCGAGCGCAUCUUCAUGAACGCGUCCAACGCCGAAAACAAUUGGCAAUAUGUCAGCGAGGAGCCGCCGACGAUCAGGGCGACCGCACUGCAGGAUUUUCACUCCCUUCUCGUCUCUGUUACCAAGAAGAUUGUCCUCACUACGCUCUUCAUUGCUCAAUCUCGGAUCCGGGGCAAGAAGCAAGUUGAACCAUCCACGAGGAACCUGGUCAGGCGCAAGGACGUCGAGGCAGCAGUUGCAUCGUUGGGAAUGAAGCAGAACAGCAACGAGUUCUGGACGACAUGUGCACGCAGGCUACGACUUGACGUCUGGGAUGACGAGGCCGAAGAGGUCGGCGACGACGAGUACGAUAAGCCAAUGUCGUACGACCGCGUAGAGAGCGUCUUACGUAGCGGAACGGAUACCCCCGAGUCCCUAAGUACCGGCGACAAGCCUCCGACGCCGCAGAUCAAAUUCGAGGAUAGCGAAAUAUCGGACUCGGCGGAUGAUGAGGGCUCCAUCUCAGAAAGGUCGAGUAAUGAGGCGUCUGCUGUCUUGAAAGAUGCAGAACGCGAGGUUGCCGAGGAGGCCAACGAGGUACUCAUUUACUCCGCUUACGACUUCCCCGAGACGCAUCGCACAAGAGAAGCCUUGAAGAAUAGGAUUAGGAACGAGCUGGCGCAGGAGGCUCACGCGGAGGCUGAAGAUGCAAAGGCAAGCCACGAGUGUGAGUCGGACAUGUGGCGGCUUCUGCAGCGGCAGCCCCCAGAGCCGUUGAUCACGACGCAGGCUACAAAGCCUGAUAGGUACAUGGCCAAGGGGGUAGAAGAUCUCUACGAUGUUGGGCGGAGAUGGAGGGAGAAGUUAACAUACCACAGCGAGUGGGAAAUGCUCGGCAAGUCCCGGCUCCAGGACAAGACGGCCUGA